UGAGGGUUUUGUACCUUGGCGUUUCAUUCACGCACGCCAGUCGGCCAGCCAUCCCAAUUCAAAUCCAAAUCCAAUCCGAAUGAAUGAUGGCGGCGCCCGUUGAGGUUGACGGCGGUUUGUGUUUGCUAUCAAAGUGCCCGGUGGAACGAAUUGAAAACUACCUGGACGGCGUGGCGGACAGCGCGUGUGGCCUGAGGGGUCCCUCGUUCGACCGCUACUCCGACCUAUGGACCCUGUCCGAAUUCUGGCAGAGCAACGCUGCCUGGAAGGCCUGCUUCGAGUCCUGGAGUACGUCGGCCGGAACGCCUGAAAGCACCCUGGGGCGGAUUCCGGCCUCGCACAGAGCGGCGGCCAAGGCGGUGCUGGAAAGGCGCUCCGACAGCGUUCUCCGCCACCUGCUGCUCGGGACCGUUUCGGGGCCGUUCCUGACCGACUUCGACUGGGCCGUCAAGUUGGUGCUGGGCAGCGACCGGGUGAGCUCGCUGGGCGUGCCCCUGACGGCGCUGGAGUUGUGCUUGCGGGACCAGACGGGGCCCCGCCGCCUGUGUCUGGAGCUCGGAUCGGCCGAGCUGCUCGCGCUCGUCGGCGCCCUCGAAGCGGCACACAAGGCUAUGCUGCAGUUGCAGGUCUGACGUUGCCCGUUGCUCGUGUAGGGGACUUCCAGGGACAGCUCUUCAGUGCCGCUGGAACCUUGGGGAGCUAGGGGUGCUCCCGAGGCCAAUAAAGCCGCUGUCGAAAUUUCGCUCACGCCACGCGAAACAAAACUCA